AUGUCGCUCAGUCAGGACCGAAUCAUGGAGGAGCUACGCAAAUGGCGCAAGAAGCCUCUCUUCGGAUUCUACGCGCGACCAAGUCGAAACCGCCAGGGUGUCCGCGACAUGAAGAAAUGGGAGUGCGGAAUUCCCGGCAAGGCGGGCACCAUGUGGGAGGGGGGUCUUUUCAAGAUGCUGAUGAUAUUUCCUGAUGGCAGGCCGAUUCAACCCUCCGUUGUUCCAUCCCAACAUCUUCCAAUUGGAACCGUCUGCCUUUCGAUCCUCGAUCCAAAGGAAUCCUGGUCGUCGAAUCUGUCGGUCAAGGAGAUUCUGCUCGGGGUGCAGGAGCUGCUGGAUAACCCGAAUCCCGAGUCGCCGGCGCAAAGCAAGCCCUACCAUCUUUUGAAAAAGCACCCCGUGCGGUAUCGGAAGAAGAUUCGGAAAGUGGUCAAGGAGAACCUGUUCAAUCGUGAUUGA